UGCAUUCUUGCAUUCGCAUGUAUUAACGGCACACACACGCACGCACGCACACACACUCUAAAUCUAUAAUUGCAUCUAUGCAUAUGAACAUCACGGACGCUGGAAAGGUAUCUGAGCGCAUGUGGGGAGGAGACAUUAUUCUACAUCACAUCACACGGCGUUACAUGGCGUCCUUUCCAGCGACGCACUUGCUCGCGUUCUCCGUUUCUGACCCACAGGAUCGUACAUGUUUUGACUUGGACGCGCUGAUUUGAGUCCGUCAUCAUUGCGGACACAUUGCAACAUGCAUUGAUGCGCUGACGCGAAGGCUAUGGGUUCAGGUGCAUCCCAUCCGAAUAUUGCCAUCAUCGGAGAUUUUUCAGUAGCACCAUUCCGAUAUGCGAGGUGUGUGGGAUGUAAAUAAAAGAAGCGCAUGAUGUGGCUUUCCCUCGAGGAUGCUUGCUGAUGGACAGACCUAUGAUUUUAAGACUGACAUUCUUCUGGAAAUAAAAAAGAAGAAUUUGGAACACACAAUCAUUUUACCUUCUGGAUAUCAGCAAAUCUGUCAGGCCAGAGUAUGCCAUCUGCACCAACUUACAGAAUCCUACGACCCCUCCUGCUUGGUAUCUUUUUACUAGGAUGCUUUGUGACUUUGUUUUUAAUGUACAUCAAACCAUCUACGAGCUGGUUGUCAGGCCCGGUCGAGUCAGAAACGUCCACAGCCCGAGUGAAGAGCCUCCUGUCCACCCGAAGUGAACAGAACCAGACCACCAUCCUGGUCUGGCUUUGGCCUUUCGGCGAAACCUACGACCUGAACGUCUGCAGCUCUUUGUUCACCAUCGAUGGCUGCUUUAUCACGGCCGACCGAAACCUUUACAACAAAUCCGACGCUGUGGUCAUACACCACAGGGACAUCACCAGCGACCUGUCCAACAUGCCGCCGGCGUACCGGCCUACGUUGCAGAGAUGGAUUUGGAUGAACUUCGAAUCACCUUCGCAUUCAUCUCAGUUACCUGGAAUUGAAAACUUGUUUAAUUUAACUCUAAACUAUCGGCAGGAUGCUGAUAUAGAAGUGCCUUACGGAUCAAUUGUCGCAGCCCAAGGAGAGGAGGACUUUGUGCCGCCAAGCAAGAACAAGCUGAUUUGCUGGAUCGUCAGCAAUUGGAAUCCAGAUCACGUCAGAGUGAAAUACUACAAUGAACUUUACAAGCACAUCGAGGUUCACGCGUACGGACAAGCGUUCGGCGAGUACAUUUCCGACCAGGACUAUUUCCCUACAAUUGCGAGCUGCAAAUUCUAUUUGGCAUUCGAAAACUCUAUUCACAAAGACUAUAUCACUGAGAAAUUGUACAACCCGCUUUCCGUCGGCACCGUACCCGUGGUGCUCGGACCACCAAGGGAGAACUAUCAGAACUUUGUGCAGGGAAACGCUUUCAUUCACGUCGAUGACUUCCCGUCUCCGAAGGAGCUGGCUGAUUACCUCCUGUUCCUUGACAAAAAUGAGGAGCUUUACCUGAAGUACUUUGACUGGCGUAAACACUUUAAGGUGAAAAAGGCGUACUUCUGGGCCGAGCACACGUGUCUGGCUUGCGAUUACGUCAGAAGGCACAAUGAGUACAAAGCAAUUAACAAUCUCGACAAGUGGUAUUGGGGUUGAUCCAUAACUAGGCCACUGGACCAGAUUAACAAAAGUUGCUUGACAAUAAGAGCUUCAUGUAACUUGAUUCAAAUGAGGGUCUGUUGUGAGCACUUACAGACUUUUAUUUUUGUAAGAUGUCCCAAAGUAGAUGUACAUUUACUUCGUGUUCGGUUUCACACAUUCUGGAUGCAAAUAUGCAGUUUAGAGUUUAAUAAUAAGUGUGUAUUUAUUUGGAAAGCUGAUUUUGACCAAAAUGCACAAAUUCAUUUAAAGGCAUAGUUCACCCAGAAAUGAAAAAUCUGGCAUCGUUUAUGCAACUUCUUGUCGUUCCAACCCUGUAUGACUUUUUUUUUCUUCUGUGGAAGACAAAAGAUGAUAUUUUGGAUUAGGGCUAGCAAACGAUUAAUUGCAUACAAAAUAAAAGUUUGAGUUUGCCUAAUAUAUGUGUAAUUAUUCUGUAUAUAUAAAUACACACAAAUUAAUGUAUGUAUUUAAGAGAAAUAUGUACAAAAUAUUUUUAUUUAAAAAAUUAUAAAUACAUGUACUUGUAAAUAUUUCUUAAAUAUAUACAUGAAUGUGCUUGUAUUUAUAUAUGCAUAAUAAUUACACACAGUGCACACACUUAUAUUAGGCAAACUCAAACUUUUAUUUUGUAUUUGAUUAAUUGUGAUUAAUCAUUUGCCAGCCCUAUUUUUGGAUGCAAAUCGUGCAUUUUAGAGUUGAAUACGAACAUGUUUAUUUGGAAAGAAGAUUUUGGCGAAAUGCACAAAAUGCAUUUAAAGGAACAGUUCAACCAAAAAUGAAAAUUCUGCCAUCAUUUACACAUAAUCAUGUCGUUUCAAACGUGUAUGACUUUAUUUAUUCUGGGGAACAUAAAAGAAGAUAUUUUGAAGAGUGUUUCUUUAUUUUUUCGUUCUGUGGCAGAAACAAAAAAGCAGUUGAGACACAACCUCAGAAUUCUAAGAAACAGAAAUGUGAGAUGGAAACUCAAAACUUUGAGAUUUUUUUUUUAAUUCUGAGAAUUGGGCUUUCAUAAUU